AUGAUAGCUGCAAAGAAAAUACUGAGAAAAGUUCAGAGACAGGCUCAUAAUAAAAACAAACAGUUGAAACUGGAGAAUAUAAUGAAUAGUAAAGGUGAUGAUAAAAUGUUCUCCAAACUUGUACGAGAACAACGUUCCACUUCGUCGACUCUAACUGAAAUACUUACUAUAAAUGGUCAACCUAUUGACUCCCCUGAAGAAAUUACGAAAGCAUGGGCAAAUUAUUUUGAAAACCUGGCAAAACCACUACAAGACGAUAAUUUCAAUGAUGAAUAUCUACAGAGAAUAUUGGAAGAUAACGAACUCAUUGAGAAUAUCUGUGAAACAAAUACUAAUUCUACUCCUCUGGUUACAUUGAAAGAACUUAAAGUUGCAAUACAUGGACUUAAUAAUAACAAAGCACCUGAUGUGUAUGGUCUUACAGCUGAACAUAUUAAAAAAGGAGAUAAAGCUAUACUAUUUGUAUUAUUAGACAUUAUUAACUCCAUCAUUAUUGACAAAAAGAUACCUACUAGUCUUAAAAUUGGAAUCCUCACGCCUGUAUACAAAAAAGGUAGUGCAGAUAAUCCUGCAAACUAUAGAGGCAUCUCAGUUACCCCUAUUAUUCUUAAAAUUCUGGAACGAAUACUAAGUACUCGACAUGACGAAAUAUUACUACAAUCACAGUCAUUGCUACAGUAUGGAUUCACAAAAGGCAAAUCGAGUCUCACUGCGGCUUUUAUAAUAACUGAGUGUAUAUAA